AUGAUGUCAAGCAACGGUCCAUACACCAAGGUCGCUGUCAUCACUGGGGGAGCUAGUGGAUUGGGUUUAGGCGUCGCCACUCAACUAGCCCACCGGGGAGACUGGUUUGUCCAUAUCCUGGACCUGGACGAAAAACGCGGCCGAGCAGCAUCGCAAGCACUGGGGUCAAGCAGCGAAUGCCACAGGGUUAAUGUUGCCGACUACGCCUCGCUAGCUACCAUUUUCGACAGCAUAUUCGAGCAGCAUAGACGAAUUGAUUUCGUCUUUGCAAAUGCAGGCAUUGUGGACAAUGUCGAUUUCUACGCACCACAAGAGUGCUCUGGUCCACCAUCGGCACCCAACAUGCUCACCAUUGACAUCGACCUCAACGCCGUCGUCAACUCAACAUAUCUUGCCAUGCAUUAUUUCCGACGGAGCCCACAGGACACGAAGCGUAACAUCGUCAUGACUGCGAGUGUGGGCUCCCUAUACCCAUGCUUCGCGAUUCCUUUGUACACGGGAGCCAAACAUGGGGUCCUUGGGUUUAUGCGCGCUAUCGCGCCGCGACUGAACAAAGAAGGUAUUCGCACCAACGCGAUCUGUCCGGGGGUUGUUGCUACCAAUCUCAUGACCGACGAUGACUUCGAACAUUAUCCGUCUGACUAUUUCACUCCCUUGGAAGCCGUGACAUAUACGGUCUUACAGGUGGUUGAUAACCAAGAUAUGGAAGACGCUACUGGCGUAAAAUUGUGCGGAGACGACGUUUUCGGUAAGGCGAUUGAGAUUAAUGUUCGUAAUAUUUAUUUCAGAGCGCAACCCGAUUGGUGCGACAGUGUUAUGCCACUUGUUAUGGCUGCAACGGACCGGUAGAACGGGAAAUACACAUCCGAAUGCUUCCUCACCGUCUCCCGCAGAUUUCCUCGUGUGUUUAUGGUUUUGUUGACUGUGGCGGGCGAGGAGGCGAGACGAGCUCGAUUGCGAUUACGUAUUUUGAUUGAGCGAAACGGACG